AUGAGCACGCGAUGUGGGUUUGCUGACGGUCCUGACAAAAGAGGUAUUAUCGUCACACCCUAUUUCACGCUAAGUUUAGUAACAGCUAGCCAUGAAAUUUUUAGAAGCCUUUUCAUUCGCUGUGGUUUACUUCUUUACACUAUAUCUUACGGGUGAGUGUGUUCUCCUUUUAGCAUUUUGACUGGCUGAGCUUUGUCAUAGUCUAGGAAGGCUAAGUUUAGCCAAAUCGAAGUUAAACAACUUGUAACUAAAACGUGCCUAACAGAAAUUGCAUGGUACCCGGCACGAGUUCUAAGCUUUCGACUCAAACACUUUAAUUUAAAGUAACAAAUACAAUGAAAUAGUUUUAGUUAGGUGCUCUACAAAAUGAUAUUUCUCACUCUUUCAAAGCGUUCUUGUAGGGUCGAUGCUCAUAUACGUGUGUUAAAGUGAGUUUCGCUUGGACGGAGCGAUUAAUUAUGAUGCGCACGAGAGAAACGGCCGCUAUUUGCAUGUGUACAAGUAAAACCCUAAUAAUCACUGUGUUUUUUUUUUUUACAGGUGACUCGUGCAACGUAUCUUACUAUAACGUUCAAGAAGUUAACGUCAAUGUUGGAGAAGUGGCUGAUAUGUCUUUCUGUAGACCAAAUGAUACCAGCGAGUGCUUUGGAUUUUAUCGCGUGACAAAAAAUUGGAAUGAAGUAAUUUUUACAUUGAACGCAGAAUCCGAAAGAGCAAACUGCAAUGCAGGCGGAGGCUUCUGCGAGCGGUCAAGGUUUUACAAGUACAAUGCAUCGCGUUUAUUGCUAAGUAUUAACGAGACCAAGUCAAACGAUGAAGGGUCCUAUGAAGUUCACGCUAAAUUCAAGAGUGUUUGCCGCGAUUACUUUGUUAAUACGACGUUGCACGUGAUACACCUGAAAGUCGACGGUGAGUGAUACUGUUUCUCUAUUAGUUAGUUUGUUGUUUGAUUUUCAUCGUUGGCAUGGGUGCACUUGACAAAAAUAACGGUUAUAGUGGGGAUUUUUUAUUCGGCUAGUUUUUAUUGAAAGCAUAUUAUAAUUUUAAAUUACCAUCUACAGUGGAACCUCGACAUAACGAGCCUCUAUGUAAAGAAGUCCUCGGUAUAUGUAACGAACUUGAACGCCGAGUUUUUUUACCCAGUAAUAGUGAAAGAACAUCGAUAUAACGAAACCUCGGUAUGGCAAACAAAUUCUGGUAGUCCAUUGGCCCUUCGUUAUAUCGAGGUUCCACUGUAUUCCAAAGUGACUACAAGAAAAAAUCAAACAAAUAGAAACUCAAUGUCCUAAUCCAAAGAAUUUAAAUUACGCUGAACGUUUUUUGUUUAGAAUUUAAAGAAAUAUGGAAUGCUCUACGCAAACCGUUAGAAUCUUUUCGCGUUUAGUUUAGUUCCUUUUUUUUUAUUUUAUUCUCCCUUUUUUCAGAAAAUUCAACGACUUCUUCAACCUCUGUAAUGUCAACCAGAGUUUCAGAUCCAGCCAACGGUAGGUUACUGUUUAGAGUUGUGGCGUUCGUCACAGACGUUAUAGCGUCAUGGUCAGAUCGAUCCAGGCCAGAUAGUCAGAUAAUUCAACAGUACAGUUGA